GACUCAAAAGAACGAUUCGGGCAUUCGGAGCACAUGGUAUCCGAUGUUACUUGGAUCCACCAAGAGCUAAAACACAUGCAUGUUACAUUAUUUCUUUAGACAGCUAUUCCACUGAAGUAAAGUCGGUUGCAAAUUCUGGUUCACGGGGACUUUAAAGCAGUACGACGUUUACGGUUUGUUUGUUUACUUAGCUUACAGUACAGAACGAUGAUGUUCAAGACCAUUUGGUUUCGAUUAAUGCACAGAUGCAGUGGAGUGUCAAAACAGAGAAGUGUUGUGAGGUUGUCGUCAAGUGCAGCAGAGGGCGCUAUUGCUCCUCCAGCAGCAUGUAGUGUCACAGCAGAGCAGGCCGUCAGACUGUGGGCUCGACACUUCACGCUGCACGGCAUCUCGGAGCCUCUCCUCUCUAGUCAAUAUAUAAUAUCUCAUGUACUUGGCGAAAAAACUCUGGAACGUGUGCCGAGGAAAAGGCUGAGAGACACCCUGACUGACAGGGAAAUAGAAAGAGUGUGGAAAUUAUGCUCCAAACGCCUAACAAGGAUGCCUGUACAGUAUGUGAUUGAGGAAUGGGACUUCAGAGACCUGACCCUGAAGAUGAAGCGUCCCGUGUUCAUACCCCGUCCUGAAACAGAGGAGCUGGUUAGUCUGGUUCUAGAGGAUCUCCAGUUGAUACAGGGGGAAUCGCACAGGACUGAUUUACGAGGUCUGGAGGUGGGCUGUGGAUCUGGAGCCAUCUCUCUUAGUUUACUACGCAGCAUUCCACAGCUCAGGGUAUUUGCUUUGGAUCAAAGCCAGACAGCAGUAUGUCUUACAAUGGAAAAUGCAAACAGACUUGGUCUGCAGGACAGACUAGAUGUUCACCAUUUAGAUGUGAUUAAGGAUGCACAUGCGAUACUGAGCGAAUGUGACCCCGUUGACUUUAUUGUGAGCAACCCUCCCUACUUGCUCAGCCAGGACAUGAAGACUUUACAAACAGAGAUAUUCAGGUUUGAAGACCACGCUGCAUUGGACGGGGGUUUGGACGGGCUGUCUGUGAUUCGCUCAAUUUUAGGUCUGGGUUCUAAGCUCUUAAAAAAGCAAGGGCGUGUUUACCUCGAAGUUGCCCCAUGCCAUCCUCCAGUCAUUCAGCAGUUGAUAGAGGAUAUGAUGCCGUGGUUGCUUUAUUUGGAAACCCACUGUGACCUCACCAACAGGCCACGAUUUUGCAUUUUACAGAAGAAAGGAGACAAUGACUAAAACAAAGGACAGAGAAAAAUACAUUAGGAAAGACUGCAGGAAGAUGAUCGCUUGACUGGUAUGACACCAUACUAAGUAAAGCUAGAGAUUUUACCAUAAGCAAUUGCCCAUUUAAAAUGCCUUUAGUCAAACUGAAGGUGGCACACUGCCAGUCUCCUCACUGUCCCGCCUGUUCCCAGCAUGCACUGUUAAAAACCUGCCAAUCCUACCAAGAAUCUCCUUCCUGAAAUUCGCAGACUACGGGUUUCUAUUUGUUUUGUGCUGUAACCUAUUGUUGUUAUAGCUUCUAUGUUCACUUUCCUUUUAAUUGGUAAGCGUGUGUGUGUGUGUGUGUGGCUGUGGUUUGUUGUGGUGAGAUUGCAUUGAUUGUGAGUUUGUGCUCACUGUGCAAGUGUCAGGGUGCAGUAGGCUGAAGGUAAUUAUUGAGGCCUUUUCUAAGAACUCCCCCUCCCAACCCCGCGCUAGUCUCUCCCUGGAAGUAAUGCGCUCAUUCUGCGAAACAGCUGGCCCAUUGCCGCUAUCUCACUCGCUCAGCUAGCCCACAAAGACAGACAGACAGACAAACCUGACAUGCUCCACUACCACAAUGUAUACAAGUAUACACCAAAUCUGUCUGUUCUUGUCUUUGAACAAGUGAAACCUAAUUUUACAUGCACUGCCUCUAUUCUCUGUUUUAGUAAUGUGUAUAAAAAUACUGCAGAAUCAUUUGAUAUUUAUUGUACUUGUAGACAUGCAAUGCCAUAAUGAAUAAAAUAUUUUUUAUAAUA